GGCAUGGCUUUUACUUUGGAAGAGCGACAGCAGCUUAAUAUUCAUGGAUUACUACCUCCCUGUUUUUUCAAUCAAGACAUGCAAGUUUUAAUCGAACGUAAAAAAUUUGAAAGACAAGCAACUGACUUGGAUAGGUAUAUUUUGCUAAUGGGUCUUCAGGAUCGAAAUGAAAAACUCUUUUAUAAAGUGCUGACUUCUGACAUUGAGAGAUUUAUGCCUAUUGUUUAUACUCCCACUGUGGGUCUGGCGUGCCAACAAUAUGGUAUAGCAUUUCAGACACCAAGAGGACUCUUCAUCACUUCCCAUGAUCGAGGGCAUAUCGAAACAUUGUUUAAAGCAUGGCCUGAAACUAAUAUAAAGGCGAUUGUGGUGACUGACGGAGAACGUAUUCUUGGCCUUGGAGACCUCGGUUGUUAUGGAAUGGGCAUCCCGGUGGGUAAACUAGCACUUUACACAGCAUGUGGAGGAGUAAAGCCCCAGGAGUGUCUGCCCGUUAUGCUCGAUGUGGGAACUGACAAUGAGGAGUUGAUAAAUGAUCCUUUGUACAUAGGUCUGAAACACAAACGAAUCCGAGGUCAGGCCUAUGAUGAUCUUCUAGAUGAAUUUAUGGAGGCUGCAGUUUCCCGGUAUGGCAGAAACUGCCUCAUUCAAUUUGAGGAUUUUGCCAACCAAAACGCAUUCCGUCUUCUGAAAAAAUAUCGCAACUUCUACUGCACUUUCAAUGAUGACAUUCAAGGAACAGCAUCUGUAGCUGUUGCUGGUCUCCUUGCUGCACUCCAGAUAACUCAAAAUAAACUGUCUGAUCAUAUAAUACUCUUUCAGGGAGCUGGAGAGGCAGCAAUGGGCAUAGCCCAUCUUCUCGUUAUGGGCAUGGAAAAGGAAGGGACACCUAAAAAAGAAGCCUUUAAAAAGAUCUGGAUGGUUGAUUCAAAAGGAUUAAUUGUAAAGGGUCGUGUUUCAUUAACAUCUGAGAAAGAAGAGUUUGCUCAUCAGCAUGAGGAGAUGAAAAAUUUAGAAGACAUUGUUAACAAAAUAAAACCAAGUGUUCUUAUAGGAGUCGCUGCAAUUGCUGGUGCAUUUACAAAAAAUAUUAUCAAGAAUAUGGCUUCCUUCAAUAAACGGCCAAUAAUUUUUGCACUCAGUAACCCAACUAGCAAAGCAGAAUGCUCUGCUGAAGAUUGCUACUACCUAACCGAGGGACGAGGAAUUUUUGCGAGUGGAAGUCCUUUUGAUCCAGUCACUCUUCCAGACGGACGCAUGUUUUAUCCUGGACAGGGGAACAAUGCCUAUGUAUUUCCCGGAAUUGCCCUAGGCAUUGUUUCAUGUGGAGUGAGAAACAUAAGUGAUGACAUUUUUCUCCUUACUGCAGAGGUUAUAUGCAAACAGGUAUCAAAGAAGCAUUUAGAUGAGGGCCGUUUAUUUCCACCUUUAGCUGCAAUUCGAGACGUCUCUCUUAAAAUUGCUGCAAAA